CUUCCUCCUUGGUCUUGGUGUAGUUUUCUCAAUCUCCUCCGUGAUUCCUCUCUGUCCUCUCACUCUUCAUUUCCACAAAAUUAAAAAAACUAAUCACUCUCACUCUUCUUCGUUUUCAACAUCGAUCAAUCAUGAAGAGCAACACGAACACGAAGCUGAUUCUCCUCCACCCUUCCAUCCAUAAACCCUCCUCCGCUCACCACCACCGCUUUUACCUUCUCUUCUUCAUCGCUUUCUUCACCUUAGUCUUCACUCUCACUUUCUUCACCACCGCCAUCAACCCCGCCGCCUCCACCAAUACAUUGACGUCUGCCACGAGCUCCGGCAGCCUUCCGUCAACCAUCACCACCGCCCUCCUCCACUACACCUCCACCUCUAACUCCACCAUGUCUCCAGCCGAGCUUACCUCCAUUGCCAACACGCUCUCAACCUGUUCUCCCUCUUGUAACUUCCUCAUUUUCGGUCUCACCCACGAGUCCCUCCUCUGGAAGUCUCUAAACUUCCAAGGCCACACGAUCUUUCUCGACGAAAGCGAGUUCUUAGUCCAAUCUUUUGAGAAAAACCAUCCGGAUGUCGAGAUUUACGAUGUUCAAUAUGUCACCAAGGUCAAGGAAAUGAGACAACUUUUGUCGUUUGCGAGAGGUCAUGUGAGAGACGAGUGCAGGCCAGUUCAAAAUCUUCUAUUUUCUGACUGCAAAUUGGGAAUCAACGACAUGCCGAAUCAUCUAUAUGACAUCGAUUGGGAUGUAAUUUUAGUGGAUGGUCCACGUGGCUACAACUCGGCCGCUCCAGGGAGGAUGGCUCCGAUAUAUUCGGCGGCUGUAAUGGCGAGAAGCAGGAGGGGAAAGGAGAAGAGGACGCAUGUGUUUGUGCAUGACUUUGAUAGGGAAGUUGAGAAAGUUUACAGUGAAGAGUUCUUGUGUACAGAGAACUUGGUGGAGACUGUGGAUUUAUUGGGGCAUUUUGUACUCGAGAAAAUGGAGGAGAACAAGUUUGAGUUUUGCAGAAAUUCAACAUCGUCGUCAUUACCAUCAUCAUCAGAAGAUGGCGAUGAUGAUGAUGAAUGAUUUAGAUGAGAACUGAGAUUAUAAUUGUAUAAUUACAUACUUAAUUUACCUUUUCUUUUUGCUUUUUUAAUAUAAGAGGUUAAUUCAAGUGUAACUGUACAUGUC